AUGACACACAACCACAUAAACUAUCAAGCUCGACUUGAGCUCGUUCAGGAAAUUCUGGACGAGCGGUUCGGCUUCGCAGUAGGCGGCUCCCUCCUCUCGGUGACAUUUCCAGUGGGUGUACGAUCCAGAUGCCCCUUCAAGUACAACAACUUCGCAUACCGUAUCUCCCUCCAACCGCCUACCGCUUCGGACCGGUCGACGAACAAUGCGCCACCUCAGAAAGGCACUGGGCCCAUUCCUGAGGGAACGAAAGAGUUCAUCAUGCGCCUAACCAAUCCAGAUGCCGAAGAUAUUAUAUCUUUGGCCUCUGCCGCUCUACGUGGCUUUCAACCACAUGUUGUGCCUCACAUCUACGGCUGGGCAAGCGCCAAAUCCGGCCAGGGAUGGAUCCUCCAGGAGUUCAUGCCAGGCUCGCCGGUGGACGAGGCAUUCAAGACCAUGGAUCAUGAACAAGAGAAGAAGAUAUUCGCGCAAAUGGCCGAGCUGCUCAAGGGGUUGCAAGAGUACACGCUGCCUGAGACUAUCACGGCUUUCGGGGGUGUGACGUAUGAUGACGCUGGUCAGAUUAUCAGCGAGGCCAUGCCCAGCGUUGGUGCCGGGCCUUGGCCCUCUUUUGAAGCGUCUUUCAUAGGCAGGCUAGAAGUAGCCCUCAAGAAGGCAGAUGAUAACCCCUAUAUUAGGGAGUGGCGUGCCAAUGGUUUGAGGGACCGACUCGAAGCGUUCGUGGCCGAGGGUGUUCCGGAUCAGUUUGGGAUACCGAGUUCAAAGGAGGACCGAGUUAUUGUGCACGCCGACUUCACUCUGAUCGACUAUGACUUCGCGACUAUUUCCCACCCGUCAUUUGAGUUCCUUCGCUCUUUCGAUGGGGCAGGCGGCCAGUUCCGCGGCUGGACUGGUGAUGAAGAAGGUGAGAAGGCGGCUCUCAGAAAUGCCAAGCUGCAUGGCUUUCCGUCGCCGCUGCAAGAGACACAGCCCGACGGCGCCGUCAAUUGGGAGGUUUCCAAAGACUGGGAAGAUGCAUUGGAAGGGGCUGGUGUCAAGCGCCCACGGAACAUCCAGGGAUUUGAAGGAGUCGCUGAUGUUGACACGAUCCUGCGCUCGAUUCUGCCUUGGCGUGUCAGCAACUCCGAUAUCUUGCGUCUCCAGUCAGAAGAGGUCAUUCUUCAGUGUAGGGAUGAGAAUGAGGAGCAUCUGGAUAAGCUGCUCAGCCGUCUGGGAUGGUGA